CUUAUGUAUAUCCAUAAAACCGCUAGUAUAGCUCAUCAUGCCUUCAUAGGCCUCUAUGGACUUGUCGACAUCGAUUAUCAGAGCAUGCCAGCGCCAUCAUCGCAGGGCAGAAACCAUGUCGUCGUCUCCCAUCUGAUGUCUGCGACUCUUUCAUGACGCGUCGCCAAACCAAAAGACAAAGACAAACCAGAUCCAACGCAAUGCCGACCGCUGCUGUAGACGAGAAUAGUCUGCCGGCCAUCCCAGAUCUUAGACUAGCAACAUGCAUCCAUCACCUCAGCACAGAACAUCUCGCACCACUGCAUGAAGCCGCCAACAAGCAGCUGCAAGACGCGAUUGCUGCUGAAGACGCAGCACCCCUCUACAAGCACGUCUACCAGGAACUGAGCCUACCCGGCCUCGGUGGCAAGUUUGAUCAAUCUACAUAUGAUGCCAUGGCGGAAAAGAAUAAGGCCAAACUCGCUGAAUUCGACGAGGCCUACCAAAAAUGCAAAGAGGAAGAAGGCGAUAUGGAGAUGUUGGCGGUGCUGAGGAACAAGGCGGAGUAUCUGGCCAAGAUUUGUGAUCAUACAGCUGCAAAGGAAGCAUACAAGGAAGUCUAUGCACAAACAGCGACGGCCGGCAGCAAGAUUGACUUGUGCUUUGCUCGACUGCGUCUGUCGCUCUUCUUUAACGAUGUUCAAACAACGACCUCAGUCUUAGCAGAGACGGCAACACUCAUUGAAAAGGGCGGAGAUUGGGACCGUCGCAACCGGCUCAAGGCGUAUCGCGGCGUGUUUGAGCUUUCUCGGCGCCAAUUCUCAGAAGCAGCGGGUGUGUUGCUCGAUACCCUCAGCACAUUCACCUCAACUGAGCUCUGCAGCUAUGCGGAUGUCGUGCGUUAUGCCUUGACGGCUGGAUUGAUUGCUCUACCACGCACGGAGAUCAAGUCUAAAAUCAUGGAUGCACCUGAAGUGCUUGCUCUGCAGGCAGACAUGCCAGACUUGGUCUCGUGCGUCAACAGCUUGUAUCUGUGCGACUACAAGACCUUCUUUACAGCGCUUGGGAGUGUGCAGCAAAGCAUGCUUGCAGACCGCUACCUGUGUGCGCACGCUCAGUUUUAUGUGCUCGCCCUCCGCAUCAAGGCCUACAACCAGCUCCUCUCCUCCUACUCGAGCCUUUCCCUCACAAGCAUGGCUUCUUCCUUUGGCGUGUCUGUUGAAUGGCUCGAUGCCGACCUCGCGCGCUUCAUUCGAGCGGGUAAGAUCCAAGCGGUGAUUGAUAGGGUGAAUGGGAUUGUUGAGACGCGCAGCGGUCAAGCAGGUGGUAAAUCAGUCUUGUAUGAGCAAGUCAUUCGCGAGGGGGACAAGCUCCUCAACAAGUUGCAGAAGCAUCAAAAUGCAUUGGUGUUGUAGUCUACUUGCGUUUCUUGUAGCCAACACGGCGUGGCUUUGCCUCUGCUUCAUCAAAGGAAAACACCACCUUGCGCAUACUGUGAUCAGACGAGAUUUCUUGUGUUUCAGGAACGACGUCGCGUGGCUUUUUGGCUUGCUUGUCUCGUGCUUCAAGCUCCUUCGUGAGCUUGGCGAGCCGUGUUUCAUGCUGCUUGGCAAGGUUCUCAAGGGCCAUCAAAUCAUGCUCCUUGCUUUGUAUCACAGCCUCCUUGUGUUGUAGUGACUUU